AUGGGGAGUACUGAGCACGAGUUAAGGCUCAAAUUCCUGUUCGCCAACCAGGAUGGCGUGCGCGUAGAGCUGGGUUUCCCAAAAGAAGCUACAGUGGCCGAGGUCAAGGCGCAGCUCAUUCGCAGCUGGCCCCAAAAUGUCCCUGUUGCAGAGGACGCUAAAUCCGUUCGCUUAAUCUGCAUGGGGCGCGGUAUUUUGCAAGACACACAUACUCUGAGUUCUGCCGUCCCGGCCUUCGACACACAUCCGACGCCCGUGAACGUCUCGGUCUUUCACAAGUCGCAACAGGCAGUUCGAGAACCCACACGUGGCCACACGGCUGCCAAGACGGUGGAGUCGGCAGGCUGCGGCUGCGUCAUUUGUUAG